ACUGGUAAAGUUACCGUGGGACCUGUAGGUGAAGUUGCGGAGAGUGCCCGGCAUGCCGCCCCCCAGCCCGCGCUGACACUGGCCGCUGGUGAGCAGGAGAUGUGGGCGCUGUGCUUGUGUGUGCUCGGGCUGCUGCAGCCGGCGGACGGGCUGGAUGUGCACCUUUAUCCCGGGGCAGCGGUGAACGUGUCCCUGGGCUCGGACUGGACGUACCGGCUGCGGGGGGUGAUGAGCGGAGCCGUGGAGGAGACGCAGCCGCUGAGGCUGAGGAGCGGGGCCCCGUGUGAGCGGCUCUUCCCGCUGUACGUGGAGCUGAGGUCCAGGAGCCGGCGGACUGCGCUCUACAUCAUGCUGGAUGUGCGGGGACACGGGCGGCGCUGCCACCUUCAGCACCGGGCUGUGGACGUGGAGUACGAGGCGCUCCCGGGGACCUCUGGCUGCUUCCCGGAGCUCGUGCCCCGGACCGAGGAGCUGCUGCGGCCGGUGCUGGGGGUAUCGGGCUGCAGGCUGCGGGCAUCGCCAGUCUCUGGAGCGCACUGCGCGGACUCUGCUGUGCACCUGGUGUGCCAGCCGGCUGCCUCCACCCGAGCUCUCCUGGUGCGGGUCAGGCUGGUGUCCCGGGCAGAGGACUAUGCUGGUCAAGGCCACAGGAGGCUGAAGAGGAGCAUCAACAACAACCCGCAGUUCCAGCUGCACAACUACCAGGCUUCAGUCCCCGAGAACGAAGCGGCAGGGACCCGGGUGACCACCCUGAGGGCCACCGACCAGGACCAGGGCGAUGCGGGCAGGGUGGAGUACUACAUGGAGGCUCUGUUUGACAGCAGAUCUGCCGAUUAUUUCCACAUAGAUGCUGAGACCGGGACGGUGACCACCACCCAGCCACUGGACCGGGAGACCAAGGACACCCAUGUAUUUAAGGUGACCGCCACUGAUUUUGGUUCUCCUAGGAGAUCAGCCAUCACCUACCUGACAGUGACAGUAAGUGACACUAACGACCACAUCCCUGCAUUUGAACAGUCAGAAUAUAGGGAGAACAUUAGGGAAAACCUGGAAGUGGGCUAUGAAGUGAUGACCAUAAGGGCCACAGAUGGGGAUGCUCCCUCUAAUGCCAACAUGCUCUACAGACUGGUCAAUGCUGAUGGAGUGAACCAAGUCUUCGAGAUAGACCCCCGAUCUGGUGUGGUAAGGACUAGGGGACAAGUAGAUAGGGAGACAGUGGCUGACUACCAACUCAUAGUGGAGGCCAAUGACCAGGGGAAGGACCCAGGCCCAAAAAGUGCCACCGCCACAGUGUACAUCUACAUAGAGGAUGAGAAUGACAACUAUCCACAGUUUACGGAGAAGCGGUAUGUAGUGCAGGUCCCUGAGAAUGUUAGUCCCAACACCAAAAUCUUGCAAGUUCAGGCCACAGAUAUGGACAAGGGGAACAAUGCAAUGGUCCACUACAGCAUUGUGAGUGGCAAUAUCAAAGGCCAGUUCUACAUCCAUUCCUUCACUGGAGACAUUGAUGUUAUAUACCCCUUGGAUUUUGAGGCUGUUAGGGAAUACUCAUUGAGAAUAAAAGCCCAAGAUGGUGGCCGACCUCCAUUAAUCAACACAACUGGCAUGGUAUCAGUGCAAGUGGUAGAUAUCAAUGACAACGCCCCUAUCUUUGUUAGCACUCCAUUCCAGGCCACCGUCCUGGAGAACGUUCCCGUAGGCUACUCUGUUGUUCACAUUCAAGCUAAUGAUGCAGAUUCUGGAGAAAAUGCUCGGAUACAAUAUAGUUUAACGGAUAUACCGCCCAACUUCCCUUUUGUCAUCAACAACAAUACUGGCUGGAUUACUGUGUCUGUAGAACUGGAUAGGGAAACCGUGGAGUCCUAUACUUUUGGAGUUGAGGCAAGAGAUAAUGGAGAACCAGUCAUGAGUUCUUCAGCCAGUGUGACUAUCACAGUGCUGGAUGUCAAUGACAACAACCCAACUUUUACUGAGAAGGUCUACCAGCUAAGGCUCAAUGAAGAUGCUGCCGUGGGUAGUAGUGUCCUCACCAUGACAGCCGUAGACAGGGACGUGAAUAGUGUGGUGACAUACCAGAUCACUAGUGGCAACACCAGGAAUCGUUUUGCCAUUACUAGCCAGAGUGGUGGCGGGCUUAUCACUUUAGCUCUACCCUUGGAUUACAAGCAGGAGAGGCAGUAUGUUCUCACUGUCACAGCUUCUGAUGGCACUCGUUCUGACACUGUUCUGGUCUUCAUCAAUGUCACCGAUGCCAAUACCCAUAGGCCAGUGUUCCAGAGCUCACAUUACACAGUGAGUGUGAGUGAAGACAAACCCAUAGGCACUUCCAUAGUUACAAUAAGUGCAACUGAUGAAGACACAGGAGAAAAUGCCAGAAUAACUUAUAUCAUGGAAGAUAACAUUCCCCAAUUUAGGAUAGACCCUGAUACUGGGACUAUUACCUCAUUGAUAGAGCUAGACUAUGAGGAUCAGGCAUCUUAUACCCUGGCUGUGACCGCUAAGGACAAUGGCAUUCCACAGAAGUCUGACACCACAUAUGUAGAGAUACUAAUUCUUGAUGCCAAUGACAAUAUGCCUCAGUUUUUAAGAGACAGGUACCAGGGUGCUGUAUUUGAGGAUGUACCAGUUUCCACCAGUGUUCUUCAGAUAUCUGCCACAGACAGGGACUCUGGCAUGAAUGGGAGGGUCAUGUAUACUUUUCAGGGAGGUGAUGAUGGAGAUGGUGAUUUUUACAUUGAACCCACCUCUGGUAUUAUAAGGACAAAUCGUCGUUUGGAUAGAGAAAAUGUACCUGUGUACAACUUGAAAGCAUAUGCAGUGGACAGAGGAAACCCACCUAUGAAAGCCCCUGUGGAUAUCCAGGUUACUGUUCUAGAUAUCAACGACAACCCUCCAGUGUUUGAGAAAGAUGAGCUAGAUAUAUUCGUGGAGGAGAACAGUCCGGUGGGAUCUGUGGUGGCCAGGAUAACUGCUACUGACCCAGACGAAGGAACCAAUGCCCAAAUUAUGUACCAGAUAGUUGAAGGUAACAAUCCAGAGGUCUUCCAGCUAGACCUCUUCAAUGGAGACCUGACAGCUCUAGUAGAUCUGGACUAUGAGGUGAAGAGAGAGUAUGUCAUUGUAGUUCAGGCCACCUCGGCUCCACUGGUAAGCAGAGCUACUGUCCAUGUGAAACUGCUGGACAAGAAUGACAAUGACCCUGUCCUUCACGACUUUGAAAUUAUUUUUAACAACUAUGUGACCAAUAAGUCCAAUAGUUUCCCAUCGGGAGUGAUUGGGAGAAUCCCUGCCUAUGACCCUGAUGUGUCUGAUACUCUACACUACAGCUUUAUUCAAGGAAAUGAAUUAAAUCUUCUCAUCCUGGAUCCAUCCACUGGAGAGCUGAAGCUCAGCAGAGACCUGGACAAUAAUAGACCUCUGGAAGCCUUGAUGAGAGUGUCUGUUACUGAUGGGGUUCACAGUGUUACUGCCCACUGCACCUUGCGGGUUACCAUCAUUACGGAUGACAUGUUGACCAACAGUAUCACAGUCCGGCUAGAAAACAUGUCUCAGGAGAAGUUUCUGUCCCCUCUUCUUUCUCUGUUUGUGGAAGGAGUGGCCACUGUGUUGUCUACCACCAAGGAGGGCAUCUUUGUCUUCAAUAUCCAAAAUGACACUGACGUCAGCUCCAACAUACUCAAUGUGACAUUUUCAGCCUUGCUUCCUGGUGGGAUCCGAAACAAAUUCUUCCUUUCUGAAGAUCUCCAGGAACAAAUUUACCUAAACAGAACCCUGCUCACCAUGAUUUCCACUCAGCGGGUCCUGCCUUUUGAUGAUAACAUUUGUUUGAGAGAACCUUGUGAAAAUUACAUGAAGUGUGUGUCUGUGUUAAAAUUUGACAGUUCAGCUCCUUUCAUAAGCUCCAAUACAGUACUUUUCCGUCCGAUUCAUCCCAUCAAUGGAUUGCGAUGCCGCUGCCCUCCUGGAUUUACUGGGGAUUACUGUGAAACAGAAAUUGAUCUCUGUUACUCCAAUCCUUGUGGAAAGAAUGGACUGUGCCGGAGCAGGGAAGGUGGCUACUCUUGUGAAUGCAAUGAAGAAUUUACAGGAGAACACUGUGAAGUGAGCUCGAGGUCUGGCCGCUGUGUCCCAGGGGUUUGCAAGAAUGGUGGCACCUGCAUUAACCUGCUUAUCGGAGGAUUUACGUGCAAGUGUCCCCCUGGAGAGUUUGAGAAGCCAUACUGUGAAAUGACCACUAGAAGCUUCCCCCCACAGUCCUUUGUUACUUUCAAAGGAUUAAGACAACGCUUCCAUUUCACUGUCUCUCUAAUGUUUGCUACCAGGGAACGGAAUGCACUGAUACUUUACAAUGGCAGGUUUAAUGAAAAGCAUGACUUCAUAGCACUAGAAAUUAUUGGGGAGCAGGUUCAGCUCACGUUCUCAGCAGGAGAAAGCACUACUACAGUCAGCCCCUACAUUGAAGGCGGUGUGAGUGAUGGACAGUGGCAUUAUGUACAAGUGCAGUACUACAACAAGCCCAACAUUGGAAGGCUGGGUAUUCCCCAUGGUCCAUCUGGAGAGAAGGUGGCUGUAGUGACGGUCGACGACUGUGACACUGCUGUCGCUAUACGAUUUGGGAGCCUUAUCAAGAACUACACAUGUGCUGCCCAGGGGACACAGACUGGGUCCAAGAAGUCUCUUGACUUAACUGGACCACUGUUGCUGGGAGGCGUUCCAGAUUUGCCUGAGGACUUCCCUGUGCAGAACAGACAGUUCAUUGGUUGCAUUAGGAAUUUAACAAUUGACAGUAGGCCGAUAGACAUGGCUAGUUAUAUAGCCAACAAUGGCACAUUACCAGGUUGUUCUGCAAAGAGGAACUAUUGCGAUACCAAUAUGUGUCAGAACCAGGGGACCUGUGUUAAUAAGUGGAACACAUACUACUGCGACUGUCCUCUGCACUAUGGAGGGAAAAACUGUGAGCAAGUAAUGCCAUUUCCUCAACGGUUCCAAGGAGAUGGAAUUGUUAUAUGGCCCGAGCUGGAUGUUACAGUGUCUGUGCCAUGGUUCAUUGGAGUGAUGUUUAGAACUCGUCAACCUAAUGGCAUGUUAAUGCAGGCUAAUGCUGGUUCUUCAAUAAAGAUUAGCAUCCAGAUAUUGAACAGUUACCUCAACUUUGAAGUAUACAGCGGCUAUACUCGUUUAGCUGCUAUGCAGAUCCAGCAGAAGAGGGUCAGUGAUGGUGAAUGGCAUCAUUUGCUCAUAGAGCUGAAGAGUUCCAAGGAUGGAAAGGACGUCAAGUAUUUAGCGAUCAUGUAUCUGGACUAUGGAGUUUAUCAGAACUCUGUGGAGAUUGGCAACGUUCUGCCAGGCCUGAAACUGAAGGCCAUCUUAGUUGGGGGUUUGUCUGAUACAGAUGGCCUUGUAACACAGGGGUUUACUGGCUGCAUGAAGGGAGUAAGAAUGGGAGAAACAUCAACAAAUAUAGCAACCCUUAACAUGAAUAAAGCUGAGAUCAUCAACGUGGAAAGUGGUUGUGAAGUAGACAACCCUUGUGAUUCCAAUCCAUGCCCAUACAACAGUGACUGCACAGAUGAUUGGGACCGUUUUUCUUGUAACUGUGAACCAGGGUUCUUUGGGAGAGACUGUGUAGAUGUUUGCAGCUUGAACCCCUGUGAGCAUGUCUCUACUUGUGCUCGAAAGCCCAGCUCUUCUCAUGGAUACACGUGCGAAUGUGGAGCAAGCUACUAUGGGCAAUAUUGUGAGAACAAAGUCGAUUUGCCCUGUCCGAGAGGCUGGUGGGGUAAUCCUAUCUGUGGACCCUGUAACUGUGAUGUCAGUAAAGGAUUUGACCCUGAUUGUAAUAAGACAAAUGGAGAAUGCCGGUGUAAGGAAAAUUACUACAAGCCACAAGAAAGCGACACUUGUUACCCAUGUGACUGCUUUCCUUCAGGAGCAUAUGAACGUGGCUGUGACAUGGAGACUGGACAGUGCCCAUGCAAACCUGGCGUUAUUGGGCGCCAGUGUAACCGCUGUGACAAUCCCUUUGCUGAGGUCACCAAUAACGGCUGUGAAGUGAUUUAUAAUGCAUGUCCCAAAGCUUUUGAGGCUGGAAUCUGGUGGCCACAGACAAAGUUUGGUCAACCAGCUGCUGUUCCUUGUCCCAAGGGAUCUAUCGGGAAUGCGAUCCGGCACUGUAGUGAGGAAAAAGGCUGGCUUCCUCCCGAACUCUUCAACUGCACCACGCUGACCUUCUUGGAACUGAAAACCCUGAAUGAAAAGCUUCACCGAAAUGAGACUACUUUAGAUGGAGUGAAGUCCAUUGAGAUCGCUAGAGUCCUGCAGAAUGCAACCAACCACACAAAGGCUUUCUAUGGGAAUGACAUCAGAACCAGCUAUCAGAUGCUAGUGAGGGUGCUGCAGUAUGAGAGCCAGCAGCAAGGCUUUGAUUUGGCUGCCACUAGAGAUGUGGAAUUUAACGAGAACGUUAUCCUUGCUGGCAGCAUAAUAUUAGAUCAAAGCAACAAAGAGUAUUGGGACCAGAUCCAGAGGACUGAAGGGGGCACGGCACACCUGUUGAAACAUUAUGAAGAAUAUGCCAACAACAUGGCGCGGAACAUGAAGAAGACAUAUAUGAAGCCCUUUGUCAUUGUUACGAAAAAUAUUAUCAUUGCUGUAGACAUAUUUGACAAGGCAAAUUUCAGUGGAGCCAAAGUCCCAGAGUUUAGUGAGAUAUAUGAAGAUUAUCCUAAAGACUUGCAGUCGUCAGUUCUGUUUCCUGAUACUUUGUUUAAUUCCCCUGAAAGAAAAGCUCUGCCGACCAUCAAGCCUCCCAACCAGAAAUUUCCUAGCAGUGAUGAGGACUUUGACUCUCGUCUCUCUAAACGGAAAAAGAGACAACCAGAUCCAUCAAAUCAGCACGCCAUUGCUAUCGUGAUAGUGUAUCGGUCUUUGGGGCAUCUCUUGCCAGAAAACUAUGAUCCUGACCGCAGGAGCCUAAGAGUUCCUAACCGACCAAUUAUUAACACACCCAUUGUAAGUGCUUCCGUGCAUAAUGAAGGCGAACCACUACCAUCUCAACUGGACAAGCCAAUAAUACUGGAGUACACAAUGUUAGAAACCGAGGAGAGGACCAAACCUGUGUGUGUAUUUUGGAACCACUCCAUCAUUGGUGGCAUGGGCGGGUGGUCCUCCAAAGGCUGUGAACUUGUCUUCAGAAAUAAAACCCACAUUACCUGCCAGUGUAAUCAUAUGACCAGUUUUGCAGUGCUGAUGGACAUUUCCAAGCGAGAGAACGGUGAGGUGCUUCCUCUGAAGAUCAUCACAUACACUUCAGUGUCUGUCUCACUGGCGGCCUUGCUGCUGACUUUCAUCUUGCUUGUGAUCAUCAGAACAUUACGAUCCAACAUCCACAAUAUCCACAAAAACCUAGUGGCUGCCCUUUUCUUUUCUGAGCUAAUCUUUCUCAUUGGCAUCAACCAGACUGAAAAUCCAUUUGUCUGUACCGUGAUUGCCAUCCUUCUGCAUUACUUCUACAUGAGCACCUUUGCUUGGAUGUUUGUGGAAGGGCUUCACAUUUACCGUAUGCUGACAGAAGUGAGGAACAUUGACACUGGUCACAUGCGAUUCUACUAUGUGGUUGGUUACGGGAUACCAGCCAUUAUAACAGGGCUCGCUGUUGGCCUGGAUCCUCAAGGCUAUGGAAACCCUGACUUCUGCUGGCUCUCAGUACAUGACACCCUAAUCUGGAGUUUUGCUGGACCCAUCGCUGUUGUGAUUGCUAUAAAUACAGUCAUCUUCGUACUAGCUGUGAAGACCUCAUGUGGACGGAGACAACGGGUAUUUGAGAAGACUGGCGUUUUAUCAACGCUGAGAACUGCUUUCCUCCUGCUGCUUCUGAUCAGUGCCACGUGGUUACUGGGUCUCAUGGCUGUCAACAGCGAUGUGAUGACAUUUCACUACCUCUUUGCCAUCUUCAGCUGUAUGCAGGGACUCUUCAUUUUCUUUUUCCACUGUGUAUUUAACAAAGAAGUCAGAAAGCAGUUAAAGAAUACAUUUACAGGCAAGAAAUACUUUACAGAUGACAGUACAACAACAAGAGCCACAUUAACGCGGACGCUAAAUUACAAUAACACCUAUAUGGAUGAAUCCAUGUUCAGAACAGGCAUUGGGGAAUCCACAGUCUCUUUGGAGAGCACCGUCAGGUCAGCCAAGAGCCACAAUAGCUACCUUGCUUAUAUCCUCAGGGAUGAAGCAGCUCAGAAGCUUAGCUUAUCUUCAGGACAGACGCGUGCUGGUGUCACAGAAGUCGAUGCUGCUCUCCUCCACAGAAACCGCACACACUCCCAUGGGCAGGAUUCUGACUCGGACAGCGAGCUUUCCAUGGAUGAGCACAGCAGCUCAUAUGCCUCCUCUCACUCUUCUGACAGUGAAGAAGAGGAGAUGGAAACGGAGCAGCAGUGGAAACCAACUAGUCCUAAAAAUAAGGAGCGGGGACCAGUUCAUAGCACCCCAAAAGUGGAUUCAGUACCGAAUCACGUGAAACCCUACUGGCCUGCUGACUGUGUGACUGCCAGUGACAGUGAAGAUCAGGAAGGCAAAUGCAAGUUGAAAGUGGAGACCAAAGUAAAUGUAGAGCUACACAAUGAAAACAAGGUCAAUCACUGCGGAGACGCCCCUCAUGACAAGGAGAACGAAGCUCAGAACAAGGAUGGCAAACUUAUCAACAAUCAUAAUAACCAGCAGCCAGAGCUCAGGAAAGGAAUUCUGAAAAAGAAAGUCACUUACCCGCCACCUUUGACUGACAAGAACAUGAAAAAUCGCCUGUGUGAGAAGUUGGCAGACUAUAAUCAAAGCACAAUCUCAUCAAGGACUUCUUCUGUAUGUUCAAAUGAUGGUGUCCGUCCAGUAACAGACAAUGCGAUAACCCUCAAAAAUUCACGGAGAGACAAUUCUCGAGAACAGCUCAAUGGCAUAGCAAUGAGCGUGCAGGUGGCUCCUACGAACGGCGAAACCUCAGAUUCUGACGGCAGUAAUGAAACUUCAAUUUGAAUCAUCAGGAAACUGUGAAGGCUGAUAGUGAUCGGGAAACCUUGCCCCAAGCUUGUGAUGCCCUCAAACACCUGGGAUAAUCCAGAAAAGCACAAGUGUCAUGGUCGAGGAUAUAUUGUUGCUAAUGCAAUUACCUAAUACGGCAGACUUGUGACUGCUUCCUUAUACAUAUAUAUCGGAAGGCUGUGCUAUCAGCACCCAGUGCCAAAUGUGUGACAGUAAGCAAGGCCCUAUUGCCGUGGAUGAAAAGGACAUGACAGUAGAGACUGGCGGAUCCCCAGAGCCAUACAUUGCCGAGGAGACUGCUUUGUGGUGAAGUCUGAGCUAAUGACUCUUGAAUUAAUGUACAUACAAUGGGACUACUGUGUUGAAAUCGGCAUUCUACAGACGGCCCUUUCCUCGGGGGCCCCAUCAGCGCUGAUUUGCUUGUCUUCUGUCACAAUGUGACCUUCCAGCCUACUGAACAAUAUGCAUCGGAAUAUGACACCAAGUGCCCUUCAUUCAUUUUAUCACAUUAUAAUGUGUCUUAAAUUCUCACCCGAUGUACAAAUCUGUAACACCAACUGUAGAUAUUUUUUUUAUAUAUAUUUUGUAUGAAGACUUAAAGAAAAGCUCUUUUUGUAAAUUUUACACUAGAACUAGUUUGUUUCUUUGAUACUCCGAGACCUGCUGAUGACAGAUAUUUUUAUAUAAAGAUUGCACAUUCUUACUUGAAUUUUAACAUUUUAUUUUUCUGAAAAUUCAUCAUUUUUUUAUUUUAAAGUGACAUUUUUAAUGGUGAUUAUUUUACAAACCUGUGCCCUAAGUCAAGACAAAAAAAAAUCAUGUAAUUGUGCUGCCAAGUAAUUGUUAUCUUUGUCAUUAUAAUCAGUUCACAGUGAUUGCCUUCUUGGUUGGGAUUUGAGGCCUUCUGCAAAUAUUCAUCCAGCUAUAAGCCUUUUCAGAGCUUCCUUUCAUGGCCUUGUACAGCUGGACUAUGUGGUCCACCAUAAAAAAUGCCACAAAACCUGUGUUGUCCGUCCUACCUAUUAGAAUACUUGGUAGACUGUAUUGCAAGAUUGUUAUUGUCAUCGUGUCCCUCCACACUACUGUCCCAUACGUCCUGGAUGCUUCCUUUUCCUUUAUGAGAACAUUUUUACAUGACUAACAAUGCAAUGUCCAUUAAUUAAAUAUGUAUUUUUUUGUUUUAUUGAAUUUUUUACAUUUUGGAAAGAGCAAUGUAACGUUUCUAUUUGCAUUUUCUGUCAUUGAAAUCUACACGUAUACAAGGUAGCCCUCUUGUCCUACAUAAAGAUCUCCUGCACUCAGGCUAGCUUAAAGGGGCUGUUCCAUUACAACUUAUCCCUUAUGCACAGGAUACAGAAUAAGUGUCUGAUCGACAGAGGUCUGACUGCUUGGCCCCCACUCAUCAGUAGAAUGCCCCGUUCUAGUGAUCAGUGGGGGCCCAGCAGUCGGACUUGUGUUCCACCGUCUGAACGGAUCAGUGGACACACAUGCAUGAUGCUGCUUCAUUCAGCUGUAUGGGACUGUUGGAAGCAGAGUACAAACGCUCCGCUCCGGAAGCCCAUAAAAGUUGAAUGGAGUGGCAGUGUGCAAUUGUGUGUGCUGCUCCAUUCAAACGUGGGAACAUGAGCACUCAUUCCAGUGAUCAUGGGGGCCAAGCAAUAGGACCCCUGACCCUCCUUAUCCCGUAUCCUGUGGAUAGGGUAUAAGUUGUUGUCAUGGGACAACCUCAUUAAAGAAGUUGUCUGGGAAGUUGUGCUGAAAGUUUCUAAUAUGCACCCUGUUAAAACAUAGCCGAACUGUAAAUCAUAGGGAUUGCUGUGAUCAAUAAACCUAAAAAUGAAUGCGUUACAUAGACAGAAACUUGCUGAAUGAACCUGCUAAAUGUAAGCUUUCUGUAUAGGGGUGGCCUUAAUGCAGAGUGUGCAGCCCUAAUAUUAAGUCCUGGGAACCCUCUUUAAAAUAUAUGUCUUCCUUAGGCCUUAUUAAUACGUCAGUGAUUUCCACCAGUGAUUGUAAGCCAAAACCAGGUAAAGGUCAAAAACUCAGAAUAGGUGCAAAUACUUUCAUUAUACAUUAACUUGGUGGAGGAUCCACUCCUGUGUUUGGCUCCCAAUCACUGAUGGAAAUCACUGACCAAACACUGAAGUGUGACCGAGGCCUAAUGCCUCAUUCACACAACGGUGUUUUGAUCAGUGAUUUCCAAAUAGUGAAUUUGAGCCAAAACCAGGUGC